AUGCUAAUGCAAGCAUUGUAUGAGCAAGUCAACAAACAAGAACGCAGAAUUUCGGGUGCCGGCUACACAAAGCUGACACCAAAGCUUCAAGAGGAUGAGUUCAAUGGGACAGUGAAGAACAACUAUGAUACCAUUUCGAGGAAAACAGGAGAUGACAUGAGGCGAGAAAACCAUUUCGACAAGCUUCUUAAGAGAGCACUCAUCCGGAAGCAAACAAAGGCGACGGCUGGUAAUAUCGCACACUGGACAGGAAAUGAGGUUCGUGGAUAA